CCCAGAAGCCAGUCCUUUACCGUCCAACACCGUCGCCAAAGUAUGAGUAGAGGCGGCAAGCUUGCGCCAGAGGUCAAUCGGGCUCUAUUCGUAAAGAACCUGAGCUUCAACGUCACCCCAGAGGAACUGUUCGAUCUCUUUGGCAAGUUCGGCCCGGUGCGCCAAAUUCGCCAGGGCAUCGCCAACAACACCAAAGGCACCGCCUUCGUCGUCUAUGAAGACGUCAUGGACGCAAAGUCGGCCUGCGACAAGCUGAACGGCUUCAACUUCCAGAACCGAUACCUCGUUGUAUUAUAUCACCAGCCCGAGAAGAUGAUCAAGGCGGCGAAUGAUCUCGCAGAGCGCCAGGAGAAUUUAGAAAAACUCAAAAAACAGCAUGGUAUUGAUUAG